GCAACACCGACACGAGCCGUAGAAGUAAAACAUGGCGAAGAUGGCGGCGUCCGUCGUGGAAACUGGAGAGGAUGCUUUUCGACAAAUGUUUAAGUUGUAUAAGCGCAGAAACCCUCCACCGGAUUUCAGCGAUGUUAUUGAUUUUUCCAAAUGUGUGACGAAUGACAAGAUACGUCCAGUGAAACUAGAUCCAGCUGCCGUUAGUGACGGUGACGCUGCCAACGUUGGAUUACAUCAUGUCAAAGACUGGAGAGCCUUCACCUUGCAAGGCUAUCCGGGGUUCAUCUUUAUCACCAAUCCAUUCCUUCGCGGCUCCCAGCCCUUCUGGGUUCGACAGUGUUUGAAGACUUACCCUCAGAAGCCAAAUAUCUGCAACCUAGACAUGCACAUGUCUCCCACUGACACCCAGGACAUCUGGGCCAAGAGUGUAUCCAACCUCAGUUGCCCUUCUGUUGGAAAGAGGGAGCCCAGAACUCUUCUGGAGAGGCUGCGCUGGGUCACCUUGGGUUAUCAUUACAACUGGAAUAGCAAGACUUACUCUGCAGAUCACUGCACUCCAUUCCCAACUGAGCUCCACCUCCUGUCUCACCAAAUAGCAACUGCCUGCGGCUUUACAGGCUUCAAUGCCGAGGCUGGAAUCCUCAACUACUACAGGUCGGAUUCGUCUUUAGGAAUCCACGUGGAUGAAUCCGAAUUGGAUCACAGCCGCCCACUGCUGUCUUUCAGUUUUGGCCAGUCAGCGAUCUUUCUCCUGGGUGGCACUCACAGACAGGAUAGUCCCACCGCCAUGUACAUGCACAGCGGAGAUGUUAUGGUCAUGUCAGGGCUGAGCCGCCUCCUUUACCACGCCGUGCCUCGCAUUGUUCCGGCCCACCAGGAAGUGGCGGCUCUCGACACCGAACGAUGCAGCUGGCAGGGUGGCGCUAUUGUGGAGCAGGUGUCCGAGGAGGACUGGGUUGUAUGCUCCAGGUACAUUCACAGCUCCAGGAUCAACAUGACUGUCAGACAGGUUCUGGGGCCUGGGCAGAGCUUCCCAGUGACACCUCCUCUUCCAGGACAUGCAGAGCAACACCAAGCAGAAGAUGGAAAGCAUAUGAAGAGGAGACGUUGUAGUGACUCACCUAAUACUGAAGAGACAUGAUAAAGACCAGUCAAGGACAGUUAUGCUGUUCGCAAUAUAUCUUAGAGAUAUCUCCUCUACAUAUAUGUAUAUGUAUAUUUAUUCUGGGGCUGUCAAAACAUAGGCAUGGCACACAAUUCUGAAUUGUCAUUUUUACCUUUUGGUCAAAAUAAGAUGAUUUUAGAGCUUGGU